AUGGCUUCCAGCCCGGGCCCAAGCACGGUGACCGUGCCGUCCAGCAAGCACUCUCCCCGUGCAGAGGGUGAUGACAUAGAUGCCCCCUGCGACUCGGGCACUGAGUCGUCCGAGUACGAGGACCAGCAUCCCCUCGCCUACGGCGUUGUUCUCGAGCGUCCAAACCAGCUGCCAACCGAAGAGCACCAGCAGGAAAACGCGUCAACCGCGUCUCCCAAAAGCCCUGAGACCAUCUCUCACCUUCCGGCACCAGCUACUCCCGGACAUCACAACGAGGGAGCGCCUGUCACGUCACCCCAAGACCCCAACCGCUCUCAUCUUCUUUCCUCCCCUGGUGGAUUUGACCCUGACAGCUCCUACUUUGUCGCUGCCUCUAAAAAGAAGACCUGGGAGGACGAGAUCAGAUCCAACGACUUCACUCUUCCCCCACCCCCAGGCGACCCAUCUCUCACCGUCGCCGACCCCAACUUCAACAUCAUGGAGCCCACAUUCCCGCCCUACACUGACGGCGUGGUGAAGGCCCGCCAGGAGAGCGAGCGCAAGCUCGCCGAGGGCAUGAAGGGCCUCGAGAUCACCGGCGCCCUCGACGACCACACCAAGAAGUGCGAGGAUAUCGUCGACUACAUCCAGGAGGAGCACAAGGCCAAGGAGGCCAUCUACCAGAAGGCGCAGGACAAGUGGGCCGAGUCCAAGGACGUCCACGCGCAGCUGAAGCAGCUGUGGGACGCCAAGCCCAACACCCCGUCCGGCAGCUACAACGAUGCGGAGAGAGUUCUGAAGCAGCGCGCCCAGCGCACCGACGGCGAGCUCGCGACGCUGGCCAACCGCCUCCAGAUUCGCCAGGCCGAGGCCGAGGGCUACGUCACCGGCGCGCUCGAGUUCAACAAGGGCGGCAUCGGCCCGACCAAGGAGGAGAUCAUGGCUCACCUCGCUGCUCUCCCUCCGGCCAAGCCCCUGCCCAUGAACCUCAAGCCGCAGAACCAGAUGUCCGGUCCGGACGACGCUGGUGCCUCCAGCCUCGCCCCGGGCUCCGCAUCUCUCCCUCACAUGAGCCUGAAUCGCGCUCCCAACCUCAAGCAGAAGCACGAUGAGAUGUAUGAGCAGGGCAAGGCCGGCCAGCGCGCCACCCACCGCAAGGACUCCUUCGACGAGCAGCCGCAGCACCCGUCCGCGCUGAUCCCCGACUGGUUCUACGACCUCGACAAGUCGGGCCGCGUCGCCCUGCGCUCGGCCGACUUCGAGGACCGCUACAGAGAGCUGCUGAACAAGAUGUACCGCCUGCUCACCGAGAUCGACGACGAGAAGCACGGCCACGGCAAGAAGAAGAAGUUCGACAAGAACUGGCACGAGGCGGACCCUGGCUGGCCGCACCCGCAGCAUCAGAAGUACGGCGGCUGGUUCAAGUGCCGCUCCGGCCCCGAGGCGACCAAGGCCGAGCUGAACUGCACCCAGUGCCACCGCGCCGGCGGCGGCCAGGCGGCCGGCGACGCCCGCACCUCCCAGCAGCAGUACGACGACCUGAUGAAGCAGAUCAAGAUCAGCUCGGAGCGCAUCAUGGAGCAGGACAAGAAGAAGGUGCUCGCCAAGAUGCGCGUCGACAAGCUCGAUGUGGAGAAGCAGGCCGACAAGGUCAAGGACGCCCUGAAGGAGAACCGAGACUGGCGCGCCGCUCCCUCUGCUGCUGCUGCCCCUGCCGCCACUGCCGCUCCCGCUUCCAAGCCGGUGUUUGGACCUGAGCUUCCGCCCGGCUUCAAGCGCGUGAAUCAGCCUGUUGACAAAGGCGACGACGAGAAUAUCAGCGACACCGAGCGUGAGCAGCUGAAGGCCCAGGCCUUGAAGACUCAGGACUGGCGCCUGUACACGGCGAUGAAUCUGCCGGUUGGAAAGAAGAAGCUUUGA